GCCAGAGCCAUCUGUAAGACAGGCCGGUGGCGUUUGGAGGUGGAGUCUCACCCACGGGCUGCUCAGGACCACACUUCGCCUCCUGGUCUCUGGCCAUCUUUUAGGCCCUUAACUGCUCCUAAGUGCCUCUGUCCGCCCCUGGUAUCCUUGGCGGGAUCUCUUUCUCGGGGCUCCAGGCUCAUUAGUGGGUGUCAGAGAGAGGAGUCUUAAUCCGAUCAAAGGCAGCAGGAUAAGUGGCUGGACCAGCGCCCUGCUGAGCCAGGUUCAGCCCUGGCACCCGUGGCUCCCUGAGGCCUGACCGGCACCUGCCUCAUGAGGAGUCCAGUUCACUCUGAGGAAAUCCAGAAGCCAAGGGUCACUGUCGUGUCUCUGCCAGCCUCGCCAUGAACCUGGAGCCACCCAAGGCCGAGAUCCGGCCACCCACGAGGGUGGUUGGAGGACCUGUUACCCCCAGGAAAGGACCACCCAAAUUUAAGCAGCGGCAAACCAGGCAGUUUAAGAGCAAGCCACCCAAGAAGGGCAUCCAAGGGUUUGGGGAUGACAUCCCUGGAAUGGAAGGCCUGGGAACAGACAUCACAGUCAUCUGCCCCUGGGAGGCCUUCAACCAUCUGGAGCUGCACGAACUAGCCCAGUACGGCAUCAUCUAGCCAGACCUUCUGGGGUCCUGGACUCUCUGCACGGCCUGCUGUGAGCCCUGCUCAGGAUCCCUGCAGGGGCCCCCAGCACAGCAGGCACCUGACCUCCAGGCAGGGUGAUCUUAGGCCCUGGAUGCUAGUUGCCAGGAGCCCCCCUCCCCAGGACACCCUGCUGGCCCCCUGGAGACCCUUGCCCACCCCCAAGCCUUCACCUCCUCCUGACUGGAACAGAGAGAGAACCCACACGUGUCCCCCACUGUCAGCCCCAUGUGCUGCUUUGUGCAGGUGAGGAGGACCCCCCCUCAGCUCUUCCAGCUGGCAUGGGUGGGCCAUGGUGGGUGUCGGGAGUCCUGCUUUGCAGUGAGAGAAUGAGGCCCUUCAUCAUCAGCCUUUCCAAAAUGACCCACCCUUCUUGUCUCCAUACCAUAAUAAAAUGAGCA